UUCAAGCCUAGGACCUACACCAUCAACCAACUUAAUCCUUAAUAUUCCAAAAUGGAACAUUGGUUCACAUUUGCCUUUCUUCUUGGCAGCGCCGUCUCUCUUCUAGUUAUCAUCUUCACAUUCUUGUUUCGCCACCAAUUUUACCAACAAAACCCUAGUACCGUUGGUCCUCCUUUCCGACCCCCUCCGGGAAGCAAUGGCUGGCCACUCAUAGGAGAAAACUUGGACUAUCUACACAAACUUCGAAGUGGCAACCUUCGGGAAUUUGUGGUCGAGAGGAUGAAGAAAUACGGGUCCAAAGUUUUCACCACAUCAAUAAUAGGGCAGCCCACGGCUAUACUAUAUGGAGCCGAAGGCAACAAAUUUCUUUUCUCUAACGAGAACAAGCUUGUUAAGGUUUGGUACCCCGGUUCCAUAGAGAAGAUCUUUGCCAAGUCGCAUGGUAAGUCCAUUGGCGAUGAUUUUGUCAAAGUGCGGAAAAUGCUCCCCGCUUUCUUUAGCUCCACAGCUCUUCAAAAGUUUAUCGAAGGUACAAUGGAUAAUGUAAUUAAGUUAGAACUAGAGGGACACUGGAAACCUAACGGGUCAGUUUUAGUUCGCGAUCUUGCUGGAAGAUACACGCUUGGAGUAGCCUGUCGAAUAUUGUUGGGAUCAGACGAUCCGAGUAUGGUUGAAAAAUUGGCUGAGCCAGAGAAAGAUAUAGCAACUGGAAUAAUUUCGAUGCCAAUAGAUUUCCCGGGGACUGCCUUAAAUCGAGCACUUAAAGCAGCAAAAAGACUAACCGCGCUACUUUUGGGGGUGAUUGAGAAGACGAAGAUCGAUAUUGCUGAUGGAAAAGUAUCGAAAACAGAGAACAUACUGUCGAAACUACUCCAUGCCAAGGACGAGAAUGGCGAGUUGUUCAAGGAAGUUGAUGUUGCGGCUCAUUUGGCUGGCCUUAUUCAUGGAGGGUAUGAUCCUAUAAGGUCGGGAUUAACAUUUGUUAUGAAGUAUCUUGCUGAACUUCCAGAAAUUUAUGAACAAGUUCUUAGAGAACAAAUGGAAGUGAAAAGGUCAAAACAAGAAAAUGAGACAUUGAGGUGGGAAGACAUAAAGAAAAUGAAAUAUUCAUGGAAUGUUACGCAAGAAGUAUUUAGGUUAAUGCCACCGGUGCCCGGAACUUUCAGGGAAGUUAUCAAGGAAUUCACAUAUGGCGGUUACACAAUUCCAAAGGGCUACAAAAUACAUUGGAAUGCAUAUUCCACACAAUUGGAUCCGGAAUAUUUUUCGGAACCUGAGAAGUUUGAUCCAUCGAGAUUCGAUGGAAAAGGGCCGCCACCUUUCUCUUAUGUUCCAUAUGGGGGAGGACCUCGCAUGUGCCCUGGGAUUGAUUACGCAAAGGCGGUAAUAUUAGUUUUUAUACAUAAUGUUGUUACAAGAUACAGAUGGGAACUAUUGAUUCCCGAUGAAAAAGUUGUGGUCGAUCCUCACCCAAGGCCAAUUGAAGGGCUUCCGAUUCGCCUUCAUCCACAUGAUGAGUCAUAG